AUGGCAACCUCACACCGGCGAAUUGCUCUCUUUGGCGCGACUGGUGGCACUGGUAGUGCUACAGUCCGCUCGUUCAUCAAACGCCAGGGGUUUCGUGAUUCCGUGGAGCUGAGACUUAUGGUACGCUCCACGGCAAAACUAUCUCGGAUGAUGCCCGAGUUGACGACAUAUAAGAACAUACAUGUCUGCCAAGGACAGAUUACCGACAAGGCCAUCGUGGGAGAGUGUUUGCGCGACGCCGAUACCAUCGUCUGCGCUCUUGGAGAGAACAGCAACAUCGCCGGUGUGAAAGUGCUACAGGAUCUCUCCAAGACAAUUACUGAUGUGCUUGAUGAUAUGAAACGGGCUUCUACAAAGGAAUGGAAGAAGCCCCGAUUAAUUCUCUUGUCAUCCUCCACCUGGAACACCCGAUUUACCGCACAAACGCCGGCACCUCUCCUCUGGCUCAUCAAAUCAGCUUUCUAUCAUCCCUACCUAGAUCUACGAAAGGCUACGGCACAUCUUCAAGCUUCGUCGGACCUUAUAUCACUCCUGCUGGUACAACCGGGGGCUCUUGUUUACGACGAACCCUCAGGUGCAGUGAUUAGUACGGAAAAGGCUAGCGUGGCCUGUACAUACGCAGACUUGGGUGAGGGUUUUGUUGAACUUACCAUGGAGGAUUCAUACCAUGACCUGAAUGCCACUGGUGUGUCAAGUAAAGGUGGAGAUAAUUUCGUUAGGUAUGGACCUGGCAUGUUGCUAAGCAUUGCGAGGGGGUUAUCUGAAGGGUAUUUGCCAGGAUACUGGAUGGUUAAGAAUUUCAUAAAGAAGUAG